AUGUCAAACAAUAAAAAGAAUCAUGGUCAUAAGAAGAAAAAAAAUGAAACUGAUUUAUAUGAUGAAAAUAAUAAUAAUAAUGUUGAAUUGGAUGAUAUAGGAUCACGUGGUCGUUCGAUGUCAGUCAAUGAACUACCAACCAAUAGUGCAUACAAUAAGAUGGACUAUCGAAAUACGAUUGGAACUUCCGAUCUACGGAGAAUCAGAGAUCAAACGCUGAGGGAGAGAGGCGGUAAGCCAAAGAAGAACAUAAAGUCGCUCGAUUUCAAUAUGGUGCAUGCAAAAGGUGCCAACUUUCCGGGGGCACUCAUCAAGCAAGGUGACGCAACACACCAGACUGUUUCGAUCGUGGAGCGAAUACGUCAAUAUCUGGAUGGAUUGGGGACAGCUCAAGACGUGGCUGCUCUACAAGGAGGCAUUGAUAGAGUUUGUUGGUACGAUGCUCCUGGUGUUUCUGGCGUUGUCGAUCAUCUUAACAAUGACCAACUACUUUAUGUUCUCAGUGGAUUACAACCCGACCAACCAGAUUCAACUGCCAAACUCUAA